AUGGCUCACCACGCAGGGUCAGGUCCGUUCUGGUUGCAAAGCAAUAAGGUGGAAGCUGAUGUAUGUGCCAAAAAUUGGAUAUGGAGCUUACUCAUGAUUAACACUGAUCUAAAAACUGCUUGCCAUGUAGUGACCUGGUACAUAUCCUGUGACUACCAGCUGACAGUUUUGGCAACGAUACUCUUCUACCUUUACAAGAAGAACAGAAGACUUGGUUUUACUGCUUUCGGAGUCGCUGCAACCUUGUCCCUGAUCGUUCCAGCAGUUCUGACAUAUUGGUACCGACUGCCUGUCGUGUUUUUUAUGGAUAUUGGCCAGUGGUAUCGUGGCGUUCAUGAGUAUUGGCAAGCCAGCAUCACCUACACGCCGAGCUACAGUCGCGCUGGUGCUUACCUCGUCGGAGUCGCCAUGGGAUACCUCAUGACUCUCUACAAACCUGACGAUUAUAGGAAGACUGUGUCUAAAACAUGGUCUACAUUAGGUAUUGCAAUAGCCCUACCAACAAUGGCAUUUAUCAGUUUACUAGGAAAAUACUACUACCUUCGAGACUAUGAGCCUCUAGAAGUUGCUGUGGUAGCUGCUACCAACAGGGUGAUUUGGGCUGUGAGCAUCUGUUGUAUCAUAGGGUUAUGCGAGUAUGGGACUGUUCCAAUACUUUCAGACAUACUAAACUGGCCGGCAUUCACCCCUCUCAGUAAACUCUCCUACGGUAUAUACCUGAUCCAUCCUCUAGUUAUACAACGGAAGAAGUACAUACAACGAGCACCCAUCACGUAUGAUACAUAUUCAUUGUUUUUAGAUGCGAUGGGGACCCUAGUUGCGUCUACAGGUCUUAGCUACGUCAUGUGGUUACUCGUCGAAGCUCCAGUUAUUAACCUGACUAACCAACUAAUAUUUAACAGAUCCAAGAAAUUGCCACCAAAUAAAGUUGCUGAUCAAAGUACACAAGAUGAAGACGUAACUGAAAUAUUAAAACCAACAUCAGUUCGACCAAUAUCAAGAAGAUUAGCUGCUAGAUAA